AAACACUGAUUUGGAUGGGGUCCAUCAGGGCUGCUGUCAAAUGCCCAAAUGGCACGCAGUACAUUUUUUUGUAGUCAAUAAUUUUUGCAUCAGCCAUUUCAUCGAAUAAACGGUGCAAGUGGGGUGGAAGAAGAUGGCAACGGUACCGGGAACAGCAACGGCGACUACUGCGGUCGAGCAGCUGGUAGCCCAGACCCUGCAGGCGGCCACAAACCCCAGUCACGAAAUUGUGCAAAAGGCCGAAGCCCAACUAAGCGAGUGGGAGCAGCAGCCGGGCUUCUUUCCCACGAUAGCCAGGCUUAGCAUGAAGCUGCCCGGAAGCGCGCAGGGAAACGCUGCCGACGCGGAGGUUGCAUUGAAGGUCCGCUGGAUGGCAGCGGUUUAUCUGAAGAACGGCAUCGAGCGCUACUGGAGGCCAAACUCGCGACAGGAGUUGCCGGCCGAGCAGAAGCAGCAGAUACGAGACGUGCUCCUGCAGCACUACGACGCGGAGGAAGUGCCCCAGGUGGCACUGCAGGUGGCCGUGCUGUUUGGGCGCCUCGCUCGCACCGACUACCCACGCUUCUGGCCCGACCUGCUGCCUGCGCUGAUGAAGCAGUUGCAGGCGUGCAGCAGCGAAACGGACGCAGCACUGCAACAGAGAAUCCUUCUAGUCCUGCACUACGUCAUUAAAGCCCUUGCCUCUCGCCGCCUCAUGGCCGAGCAGCGGGCCUUCGAGGAGCUGGGCAGCCAGAUCUUCAGCUACUUGGCGUGGGACAUCUGGGCCACGCUGACCGGCCGCUUCCUGCAGCAGGUGAAAAGCGGCGGCGAGGAGGCUCAGGCCCUCAGCGCCCUGCAGCGAGCCUAUAUUGUGAUGCGAUCCCUCAGGAAAUUGAUUGUUUACGGCUGCUCCAAGCCGUACAAGUCCACCGACCACAUGAACUUCGUGGAGCAGCUCUUCCAGCGCCUGCGCCAGUGUCUGGAGUUGCGCUACGAGCUCCGCAUGGGGCCGGAUCCGGCCAGAGUCUCGCAACUGAUAAGCGAGCUGGAGCGCUUCAUCCUGAAGAUGAUGAAGGCGCUGAACGAACUAAUGGACCGGCACUCCAUCUCCUUUGCCCGAUUUGUGCCUGUGGCCCUGGAGUUCAGCUUCCACUAUGUGUUCCACGAGGGCACCGCCCUCAUCUUUGACGCCGGCGACCGCAUUAACUUUAGCAACUUUGCCAUCCAGGCACUAAAUAUGCUCAAGGGCAUAAUGUUGAGCGGCAACGACAGCAUCUGUGCCCCCGCAGCCACGGAGCUGGCGACUGGAGCCGCAGCUGGGUCCAGCCUGGAGGACGAACUGCUCGCCUCGGCUGCCCAGAGCAACGCCAAGUUCUUCACCGUGGAGCGGGUGACGUACAUCUGCGAGAAGAUCGUGACCCACUACUUCCUGCUUACCCAGCAGGAGCUGGAAGAAUGGCAGCAGGACCCCGAGGGCUACGAUCAGGACGACGGCGGCGGCGAUGCCUGGAAAUACGCAUUGCGGCCCAGCGUAGAGACGCUCUACUUCACCUGCUUCACCCAGCACUCGACGGUGAUGAUAGGCGAGGUCCUGAAGUUCGUUCGCCGGGCCCAGCAGCUUCAGCUCUCACCGGAGUCCGACCUCAAGGCCAUCCUGCUGAAGGACGCCAUCUACAAUGCAGUGGGUCAGGCGGCGUUCCAUUUCUUCAACAAACUGGACUUUGGCUCCUGGCUGACCUCACAGCUGCUGGCUGAGCUGCGCAUCGAAGCCCCCAACUUCCGAAUCCUGCGGCGCCGCAUCAUCUGGAUGGUGGGCCACUGGGUGGGCGUACAGCUCCCAAGGGAGCUGCGUCCGCUGGCCUACGAGGCGUGUCUUCACCUGCUGCGUCCCCAGGAGGAUAUGCCCACACGACUGGCCGCCGCCCGCACCCUGAACCUUCUCAUAGACGAUUUUGAGUUCAUGCCAGAGGCCUUUCACCCGUACUUCUCGCCGCUGUUCGAGGCCUUGUUCUUGCUGCUGCACGAGGCCGGCGAGUGCGACACCAAGAUCGUCGUCCUGGGCACUAUGACGCUGCUGGUGGAGAAGAUGAGCGAGUACAUCGAGCCGCAGGCCCUUCAAUUCAUCGGCUACCUCCCCCUGCUGUGGCGCGAGAGCGAGGAGUACGACCUACUCCGCUGCGCCAUCAUCGGCACCUUGGAGCAGCUGGUUCGCACCAUCCGCGAUGUGCCCGAGCCCAUGAAGCCCUUCCUCUACAGCGUCAUCAGGCUGAGCACUGACCUCCAGCAACACUCGCACGUCUACCUCAUCGAGGAUGGGAUCAUGCUGUGGCUGGCUGUGAUUGGCAAUUCGACUGUCCUGACCCCCGAACUGCUGGCGCUGUGCGACCACCUACUGCCCAUCAUCGAGAUGUCGUCGGAGAACCUACGCACUGUGCUUCAGCUCAUCCACGCUUACAUCCUGCUGGACGCUCAGGCCUACCUCAGUCGGUACGGCGAGGGGUUUGUGGGCUACUGCGUGCGUUCCUUCGAGGACAUCCGCGUGGAGGGCAUCAUCGCCAUGCUGCGGAUUUUCGAGACCUGUCUCAAGACGGACGCGACGAUGGGGCUGCGAUUGGUGCGCCCCGCCCUGCCGUUUGUCUUCCAGCAGGUGUGCCUCAAGCAGGAGUACCCCAUGACCAUGGGCUGGUACCUGACCAUUGUGGCCAGGACGCUGCUCAUCGACCAAGCCGUGUUCAUGUCGGUGGUGCAGCAACUGCCCCACACGGACGCCCUGGCCCGCAUCCUGGACGUGUGGAUCGAGAUGUUCCCCAUGGUGCCGGACACUCAUGCCGAGAAGAGGAAGCUCUUCUGCCUGGCCUUCGCCUCGAUCUUCGGAAACAACGACCUGCUGCUGGCCCGCCUGCCACACAUCCUCCAGCUGGUGGACGAGACGCUCGGCGAGGUCAUGGACAAGCAGUAUGCGGCGGCGGAGGAGGGUGCCGCCAGGACCACGCCCCGCUACUACGACUCCCUGGUCAUCCAUGACGAGCACGAACUGGACGAGCUGCAGCAGCAGCUAUGCACCGAAGACUUCCACUCGAAAGGCUAUCCCGCCAAAACCUACCACGACGACCGCCACCGGCAGCUGGUGCUCAAGGACCCCGUCUACAAGAUCCCCCUCACCGAAUACCUCAAGUGGCAACUGCAGGCGCUACAGUCCCAGCUGGGUGUCACCCGCUACGAGCAGCUGCUGCGUGGCGUCGUCCCGGAGGUGCUUGAACGGAUCACCAUGUACAUAGAGCAGACGGUGCCCAAGGCCUGCGUGGUGUGCGCUGGCGGGGGCGGUGGCGGCGGCGGUGAGGCCCCGGAAGAGGCUGAGCCGGUGGAGUCCGGCUGAUGCUCUCUGCAUCUCGAGCAUUGCUGUGCUUCGAAAGCUUUUUACGCUAAGUUAUUAAUGUAUUUUGUAUUGAAAUUAUAUAUUUUUAAUUGUUA